UUGUCAUUUCCACAUCCAUAAAAAUUCGAAGUGUCUAUUUCUCAUUUACAAUUAUUUACUGAAGAGCAAAAUUUACUACUCACAGUUGAUCAGAAAUUAUGGUUGAUUGAACGAUAGUAACCUAAGUUUUUGAUGGUUUUACUUGUUGAAACAUGUAAGUCAACAAUCCUCAGAUGCGAAGCGAGACAAACGUGAGCAAUCAAUCGAUUUGAAUUUUUCCGAUGGGCAAUACGACCUUCAAAAAACUAUGUCAAUUAUUCUGCUGCCCCCCAUGGCCGAGCAGCAUAGCCGCAAAGCUGGCCUUCAUGCCGCCAGCGCCCUCUUACGAGUUCAACAGGAUCGAGUCGACCGAUAAGUACAGUAUGGAACUUAAGGAGGGGGCACACUGGGUGUAUCCUCGCUCUGAACUCCAGAAGUUGGAGGGGUUUUACGUGCGCACCACGAGGCACAACAAGAUUGCCUGUUUGUACGUGAAGUGCGCAAGUAAGCCCAAGUUUACCGUGCUGUUCUCGCAUGGCAACGCUGUCGAUUUGGGACUGUGCAGCAGCUACUUUGUGUGGCUUGGCGGUCACCUGAACUGCGACGUUUUGAGUUACGACUAUUCGGGUUAUGGACUGAGCGGUGGCUCCCCCUACGAGUGCAAUCUGUACUCGGACAUAGCGGCCGUUUGGAGAGCUAUGAAGUUGAGGUACAACGUGACGCCGGACACCGUCAUCCUCUACGGCUACAGCAUCGGAACCGUGCCCACCAUCCAUCUGGCUGCCAAGGAACGGGUGGCCGGCGUCGUCAUCCACUCCGGCCUCAUGUCCGGCCUGCGGGUCGCCUUCCCCAGCAUGCGCACCACCCUCUGCUGCGACCCCUUCCCCAGCGUGGACCGCGUGCGGAAGAUACGCUCGCCCACCCUGGUGAUCCACGGCACUGACGACGAGAUAAUCGACUUCUCGCACGGCGUCGGGCUGCACGAGAAGUGCCCGGCGGCCGUGGAGCCUCUCUGGGUGGACGGUGGAGGUCACAAUGACCUGGAGUUCCGGACGGUGUUCCUGGAGCGGCUGCGGAAGUUCCUCAGGGAGGAGGCUGACGCCGGAGGCUCAGCGGUGGCGUCAGGCGACGACUUCAGGUCGAUAUUUUGUUGUAAAGUUUAAAUAUAUUUGUUUUAUUUC